UGGAUCCUGAUUCCUGAAUCCGAUCCAUAAGCUGACCCACUUUGUCACAAAUCAAUCACAGUCCCUCCUCUCUAUCCCCUUUUAAAACCCUAAUACCUGUGCCCGCUUUCUCCAAAAACCCUAAUUUUAAAGCCGAUAGUUCCCCAUUUUCUCAUCGUCAAACCUAAAACUCUCGAUCAAAAAUGGCUAAAAAGAGCAAAGAGAAGCCUCCACAAGAUCCCAAACCUAACCAAGAUGAACAUAAGGAAGAAGAGGAAGAAGAAGAAGAAGAAGAAGAAGAGAAAAGCUUCGAAGAAUUAGGCCUCGAUCAUCGAUUGAUCAGAGCUCUUCUCAAGAAAGGCGUUGACAAGCCUUUUCCAAUUCAACGUGUCGCAAUCCCUCUCAUUCUACAAGGCAAGGAUGUGGUUGCUCAAGCUAGAACCGGCACUGGCAAAACCUUUGCGUAUCUUCUGCCUUUGCUUCAGAGGCUUUUCCCGGCGGAUUCCGGUUCAAAGUCCCGGCUUGCUCCAGCUGGGUUCAUUCUUGUCCCCUCGCGUGAAUUAUGUCAACAGGUUUAUAAGCAGGCUGUUUCGUUGAUUGAAUUAUGUAGAGUUCAAUUGAAAAUUGUGCAGUUGACUAGUGGCAUGCCAGCUUCUGAAUUGCGAGCUGCAUUGGCUGGCCCUCCGGAUAUUCUGGUAACUACCCCGAAGUGCAUAAGGGAUUGCAUGUCUGCUGGAUUACUUAUGUCGACUUCUAUCAGUGAAUCACUAGAAAUUCUUGUCCUUGAUGAGGCAGAUCUUUUACUGCAAUUUGGCUUUGGAGAUGAUCUUAAAGCUUUUACGCCUGUCAUUCCAAGACGUUGUCAAUGCCUUCUUAUGUCUGCUACUUCAAGCCCUGAUGUUGACCAACUUAGAAAGUUGAUUUUGCACAAUCCAUUUGUUUUGACAUUGUCAGAAGUAGAAGAUGUCAAGGAUGAGGUUAUCUCAAAAAAUGUUCAGCAAUUUUGGAUUUCGUGUAGUACAAAUGAUAAGUUACUUUAUGUUUUUGCUCUCCUGAAGUUGGAGUUGGUGCUGAAGAAAGUUUUGAUUUUUACUAAUGCUAUUGAUACUGGUUUCAGAUUGAAACUAUUCUUUGAAAAGUUUGGAAUCAAGUCUGCUAUCUUGAAUGCUGAGUUGCCUCAGAACUCUCGUCUACAUAUCCUGGAGGAAUUCAAUGCUGGGCUUUUUGAUUAUUUGAUUGCGACUGAUGACAACCAAACAAAAGAGAAGGAACAAGCCAAUGGGGACAAACAUGUGGACUCAAGGAAGUCCAGAAAGCAUGCUAAGCCAAAACUGGACUCCGAGUUUGGUGUUGUGAGGGGAAUCGACUUCAAAAAUGUCCACACGGUUAUAAAUUUUGAUAUGCCUUCAAGUGCUUCGGGAUAUGUACAUCGUAUUGGACGCACUGGAAGAGCAUAUAGUGCUGGUGCAUCUGUCUCUCUUGUUUCUCCAGAUGAGAUGGAAAUUUUUGAAGAAAUUAAAUCCUUCUUGGGUAACGAAGAAGACGAUGACACAGAUAUUAUUGUGCCAUUUUCACUGCUGACCAAGGAUGCAGUGGAGUCUUUACGAUAUAGGGCUGAGGAUGUGGCAAGGAGCGUGACGAGAAUUGCUGUUAGAGAAUCACGAGCUCAGGAAUUAAGGAAUGAAAUUCUCAACUCUGAAAAGUUGAAGGCUCAUUUUGAAGUAAAUCCAAGAGACCUAGAUUUAUUGAAACAUGACAAGGUUCUGAGCAAGGACCCUCCUGCUCCUCAUCUUCGGGACGUGCCUGACUAUCUGUUAGACCAAAAGACACGUGAUGCCAGCAAAAUGGUCAAGCUUGCUAGAGCUGCAAUGGGAGAUAAUAAAUCUGCACGUCGCCACGGAGCCAAGAAAAAAUUCAGAAAAAGCAGAGACCCUCUCAAAACUUUCUCUGCUAAGGCAUCGAAGAGAGGUCAGAAUGAUGGGAUGAAGGGAGAAGGUUCCGAUUUUACCCAUAAACGCAAAAAGCAAAAAUCUGUCUGAUUCAGUUGCAAGUCUUUUGUUUAGAGUUGAGAAAAGUUCAUUAUGUUUUAUUUAAUAGAAGAAAAAAGUUCAUUAUGUUUUAUUUUCUAAUUCACGUAAUUAACGCUUUUAUUUAUUUAUUUAUUUAGGCUAAUUAUUAGCUGAUAAUAAGUAAAUUAUGUUGACCAUGUUGCAAAAACAAACAAUUGAAAGAAUAAAUCAACAGCUCCACUCAUGGUUUCUGGCUACUCUAUGAUAAAUCUCAAGUCAACAAUUGGUGAUGGCAAGAAAAAGAAAGUCAA